UUUUGAUGAAGACACCAAAUAAAUUUUUCCCCUUGCAAGAGUUUAUCUUUGACUCUACUUCUCUAAGACAAGUACUACAUAAUCAUCUCCGCAGAAAACAGAGUAGAAGGUUCCACCAACAUUAUAAAUCUUCUACAUUCCUUGAUUUCAUUGAAUCGUCGUCCAAAUACUUUAGUACGGAGUAGACAACUUCACAUGUUCAUGGAGCAGCAGCAAAAUAGAAUAGUCUGCGUUACAGGAGCUGGAGGAUUCGUUGCAUCUUGGCUUGUCGAGCUCCUUCUUUCCCGUAACUAUUCUGUUGUUGGCACAGUUCGGGACCCUGAUAAUGAAAAAUAUGCUCAUCUGAAGAAACUUGGGAGCAAAGAGAAUCAGCUCAAAUUGGUGAAGGCUGAUUUUCUGGAUUACCGAUCCAUUUCUGCAGCCAUCAAUGGUUGCCAUGGUGUGUUUCAUGUAGCUUCCCCUGUUCCUUCCUCCUCUGUUUCCAAUCCUCAGGUGGAAUUGAUCGAGCCAGCUGUGAAUGGUACUCAUAAUGUACUAAAGUCAUGCUCUGAAUCAAACAUCAAGCGUGUUGUGGUGGUUUCUUCUGUCGGCGCGGUUAUGAUGAACCCUAGUUGGCCGGAAGAUCAAGUGAAAGAUGAGAGUUGUUGGUCCGAUAAGGACUACUGCAAGUCGGCGAAUAUUUGGUAUAGUUACUCCAAGACAGUUGCUGAAAUGCUGGCUUUUGAAUAUGCCAAAGCGACCGGGCUCAACGUUAUCACAUUGUUGCCAUCACUUGUGUUGGGACCUUUGUUGCAGCAAGAUGCAAAUGCUAGCAGCUUGAUUGUUAUAAAGCUAAUGACAGAAGGGUGUGAAGAAGUAGAGAACAAGGCCCGACCAACUGUAGACGUUCGCGACGUCGCGGAAGCGCUACUACUGCUUUAUGAGAAACCUGAAGCUGAAGGGAGGUACAUUUGUACAUCUCACCCUUGCUCCGACGGGGAAUUGGUGGAUAUCCUGAGGAAACAUUAUCCCAGCGAUAAAUAUCCUAAGAGGUGAAAUUUUGCUUUUUCCAUGUAAUACUUGUAACUUGUUUAACAGAUGAUCUUCUUGUUACUUGACAUUAAAAUGGCAAUCCAACUUGGGGUUGGUUGGUCUGCUGUGGUGGUAAAGGGUGGUUUGUUAUUAUCACGAGAUCGGGCUCAAAAAGUUUGUUAGAGUAAAUUUUUUUUCUUUUCUUUUCUAAGCACUGUAUUAACUUUUGAAAAGGUGUAUAUCAACGCCUUGCAGGUUUACUGAGUUGAAGAGGGAGAAUUUAAGUUCUGAGAAACUACAGAAGCUGGGUUGGAGAUACCGGCCAUUGGAGGAAACAAUUAUAGACUCUGUUGAAAGUUACAAACACGCAGGAAUUUUGUCGAACAAGUGAAAUCUUGGCGUGCUUUGUCUAUUUGUUAGCAUCAAUUUUCGUUCAGAUGAAAGACAUAUGUGUAAAUUAUAAAUGGCUUUCAUAAUGACCAAUCUCUUUGUAUGAAAUGAAUGAAUACCAAUUUGUACCAUGAAUAAGCGAAUGAUUUGAUCUGUGAAAAUAACCUUUUGAUACGAUUUACUCUGGAA